AUGUCGGGUUUUGAAGGAUUCUACGCUGUCAUUGUUGUCAUUGUUGUCGUAUUGGCAUCUAUCGUGUGCUGUCUUGGAAUUCGUCUCUUUCGAAGAGCAAACAUGAACAAUGAAGACGAUCCGCGUCGGUCUCCAGAUGAGUGGCAGCCGCUGGCUGAUGUAUCGUCAGGUCCAUUGGAUGCCGAUACAAGGGAUCAGAUUCAACGUGUGCUUGCAUGGCAGGCCAAACAUCCUCCUCGUUCAACAGAUUGGACAGAUGUCCCAAGAAACCCUCUUGUACUCGAACGUGGAGUGGGAGCAUGGGCAUUUGUGGAGAAUGAACAUAUGGAAGAAUCGGAAGAGGAAUCCAAUGCCGCUGUGAUGGACAAGACAACCAUUGUAUUCUGUCAAGGCCAAGGAUGUACCCUCACAAACCUUCCACUACCCGCAAAUGAAUUUGUCUAUUGGGAAGUCAAGGUUCUCCAACUGGACGAUCAAGAUAGACUUGCGAUUGGAUUAUCAACCAAGCCAUACCCUGUCUGGACACUUCCUGGGUUCCAUCGUCAUUCAGUUGCUUAUCAUUCACACACAGGGGCAAUACACACAAGUGAUCCCUUGAUCGGCAGACCUUAUGGACCACCCUUCAAACAGGGAGAUGUCAUUGGUGUUGGGUUUCUUACCCAAACAAGUACUGUAUUCUUUACUCGCAAUGGAAAGAACCUUGGCAAAGCAUCGAUUGGAUUCAAGUUUCCUUGUUAUCCUUCUAUUGGAUCUAAUGGACCGUAUUUCUUAUUUGCAGCUGCCAAUAUUAGAGAAGCCGCCCUGGCACCAAAACAAGAUACUCUACCACCACCACCUGCUUACAGUGGGCAUAUGCGAGACACAAUGCUAUUUGGAGGGCCCGAAGAAGCUGUUAAUCCUAGUCAUCUUACUUACACACAACAAUCAGCGUCUUCUUCCAUGCAAGCUCCACCUGGAUAUACUAUUUAA